AGCAGAUGGCUCGUCAGGGAAGUGAGGGGGCCUGGGGGUGGGCACUGGGCCGCGAGGAUGCAGGGAAGGGCAAGCAUUUUUUCCCAGGCGCUUUGAGAUCUUUCACUUAGGAGUAGGGAGGGUACUCCCAAAGAGAACCCGGCCUCCUCCCCAGAAGCAGCAGCAGACCUACAGAAAAACUCACACACAACCCCCCCAGGAGCUUCUCUGCCCUCCUGCCCGCCCCCAGGAGCUAGCCUGGCUUUCCCGAAAGCUGCUCAGGGGAUGUAUUCCUUAGGUCAGAGCCACGUGAGGCCAGAGUGGUCCGGCGUUGGGGGGGGCCGCUUGAGCCAAGAUCUUGGGGGCCAAGGGCUUCGCAGGACCACCUCUUGGCAGCUGAGGACUUACGGAGGGAAGUGGAGAUUGAGGAGCCAGCUGAGAGCUUGGGCUGGUUAGGGAGGAGGGGAAAGAUUGUGGCAGUGGCAGGCCAGGUCAUUCCCCUCCAGAGACACCUCAGCUUGGGGAGGCGCCCCCAGAAGCCCUGGCUGGCCCUGCCCCUCAUGGGAUGCUUUUGCUGUGGGUUGGCAGCAGCUGGUCUUCAUUUGCCCCCCCCCCCCCAAGGUGGAGAGUUUGGGGGGGUGGAAAAUGCCAAGUGGAGAAGAGGAGGAGCUCCCCACCUCCUACUCAGGGCUGAACCCUUGUUUAUGUGUCUCUUCUGGACUUUGCUUCUCCGCUUCCUGACUCAUUCCUGACCAGGACCUAAGGAAAAGCUAAGGCAGCAGUGGAUUUGGAGGGCCGAGGGAGAAAGACGAGACAAGCUGCCAGGCCCUGUCCAGCUAGACGUCUCUACCUCCUUUCACCUGCCUUAGGAUGGAGGUCAGAGGGCAACUCAUCAGCUCCCCAAGCUACAACUGUCCAGCACUGCCCCUGGAAGAGAGCCCCCCAGUUAAGGUGGAGAGACUUCGGGUGCUGCUGGAACGGCAGCGGGGCCUACAGGAAACCCUCAGUCUAAAGCUUCGAGAACUCCGAAGGGUCUGCCUGCAGGAGGCGGAGCUGACAGGCCGGCUUCCUGCUGAGUACCCCCUGGAGCCUGGGGAGCAGCCUCAUCCUAUCCGGCGCAGGGCUGCCCCUAUGCCCUCGCAACCCCGGGGACUCUGCUCCUCUGGGGUACUGGCACUGGAGACGCUAGAGAGAGAGGUAUCAGUUCAGAGGCAAAUCGCUGCGGCCGCCAGACGUCUUGCGCUAGCCCCAGAGCUGAGCGUGGAGCAGCGGCGGCGGCGGCGGCAGGUUCAGGCAGAUGCGUCACAGAGACUUCUUGAACUGGAGGAGCAGCUGAGGGCCAGCCGGGCUGUUUUGGGCCUGCCACUUACCAUGCUGCCAGGCCAUGGAGGUACUGGACUUCCUGGGCUCCGAACCCGAGUAGCUCAGCUUAGCCAAGAUGAUGCCUCCCGCUCAGAGAGCAGUUCUCUCUCAGAGUCGGCGAGCCAUGAGAAUGGUGAGUGUGAUCUGUGGAGGAUGGCUGGGAGGAGCAGAAAGCCAGAACCCACCUGCCCCGCCAAAAUGGCCCUGCUUUGUGUCCCCUUGCCCUCAGAGGAUCCCCACAGUGAGUGGCCUGCACUCCCAAAGGUUCGGGACCAGUUGCGAGCUUCAGUAUCGGCGGGGGGCAGCCCCGAGCGUCGCCCACCAUGGAAGGCGAUGCCCCCUCUGCCAGCUGCUGAGCUCUACGGAGACCUGAAGAGCCGGAGGAAUUCCGUGGCCAGCCCUACCAGCCCCACCAGGACCCUUCCCAGAAGCAUAUCAAGCUUCGAGGGCAGAAGUGUGCCCGCCACGCCUGUCCUGGCCCGGGGCCCUGCACCCCAGCUCUGUAGGCUGGAGGGCCUUCACUCCCGCCAAUGGUCUGGCAGCCAGGACUCUCAGAUGGGCUUCCCACACACAGAUGGGCCUUGGGAGCGCGCUUUCCUCGUCUCUGGCCGAACCCGCCGGAGCAACAGUUCUGAGGCCCUGUUGGUCGACCGAGGUGCUGGGAUCUCCGGCUUUGCGUGUGCUCGCCUGCCCCAAGAAGGCCCACCAGUGUCCCCACCGUGCAAAAGCAAUGAGAGUAUUUUUGAGCGACCAGCCCCAGUGCCCCCCCCAGCGUUCUCUUCUCGAACAACUGGGCCUCCGGACCCUCCCCGGGCUGCUCGGCCCAGUUCAGCUGCCCCUCCAGCUCCCCGGGGGCGGCCCCUGCCGGCCUAUGGUGACCUGCUACUUGAUUACUACUUGGCCCGGGGUGGACAGUUCUGGCCUGAGGGCCCAGGCCACCUUUCCUGCAGGGACGGUCUCCUUGUCUUCUUUCCCCCAGCUCCCUCAGCACUUCAAGGGGAUAGUGGGGGUGGCAUUGGCAGCCCCCUCCUUCGAGCCAAGGACCCAACACCCCAUGGAGGCCCUGGGCGUGGGCUAACCAGUCGCACUAAGUCUGAUGAUGGGGGCCCACUGCCUGGUUCCUUCUGGGCAGGCCCUGGGCCAACCCGUUACCACAGCCAGCCAGACCAGUCAGCUGCUGACCCCCGGGGUGGUCACAAGGCUCUGGCCCUAGAGGGCCUCCGGGACUGGUACAUUCGAAACGUGGGCUCGACAGGAGGGAGUGCUGUGGCAGGUCUUCACCCCUCAGCCCGGGGCCUCCUUCCAGAGGGUCAGGCCCUGCAUCCUUCUCCAUUCUCCUGGCCUCACUCUAGCUACCCCCAAAGCCUCCUGCUGCAUACUGCCCAUGGCACUGAGGCUAGCCCUGAGCCAUACUUGGGCUAUGCUGGAGUGGCCCUGCCCUCAGCAGCGGCAGCGGCAGCGACAGCCCUACCUCACUCCCUCAGCUUCACAGCGCCUCCUGUCUCUGGCAGACACUACACAGACUUCCUGUACCCCCCAGAGCUGAGCUCCCACUUAAGUGACCUGGCAUUGGAAGGGGAUCGGCCCCUGGACUCAGAUCCUCGAACCCCAGGGACGUUGGUCUGACCCAUCUUACCCUGGAGACGCUGGUCUGACAUCCCAGUAACCCCAGCUCCCCCUGGGGAUGCUAGCCUGGAUUCCUAAUGGACCCUUGGGAUGCUAGCAUCAUGUCUUUGUGAACCUUUCCCUGCACGGAUCCCAGGGAUGCUGCUUUGACCCCCCUGCCCUCUUACCCUGCCCUUUGCUUCCUGAACACUGGGGCAGCUACCACCAUCCUUCCCAAGCCCCUGCUACACACCCAUUUCCCAUCUGCUGUGAGAUGGGAAGUGGCCUAAAUACAGUGCAGGGCCCCUCCCUCUCUUUUCUACCUGCUGUGAGGAAGCAAGAGAGCCCCCAACUAUGCGGAUGCCAGUGUGCUCUGACCUCCCUCCCCCUCCCUGUGCCCACAUGAGGAGGGGGCAUGGGCUGGAUGCCUGCGUGGCAUCUAACCUACUGCCCUGUCUCCUCUCAUGGACAUCAGGCCUCCAGAUGGAAGCAGGUGCCAGGCUCAGCCACCUGGCUUUGGGGGCAGCGGGGAGGAUUUCUCUCCAAGGCGAGCUGUGCUCAGUCUUCCAGGCUUCAUGUUUGUUCCUCGUGGGUGUCAGGGGCAGAAAGCCCAGCAGCCAUCAGAAGUCCCCUGCUUAAUGGCUGUGAAGACACUGGGCAGGGGGGAGGUGGGGAAGCUCAUUAGUGGGGGAGGAGCAGCCACCCUGCCCCCCCUCCGGAGGCCGCCCCCCCCCCCCCACUCCAGGAUAAAGACUUUACGUUCCAGUGGUGGCAGCAACGAGGUGAGACCCGCCUGUGCCUCAUCUCCUGAAGAUGAACAGUGCCACACAGACACCUUUCUGCUGCCCCUUUCUCCUGUCUCACUGUUGUGUUGUCUGUCUGGACAGCCCUGCUCCCCAGGAGACGGAAGGAGAAGCUUUCUUUUUUUGGAGGGGGAGUACGAAUGGACCCCUCCCCCCAGCCUCUGGCUGGCAUCAACACUGGAACACUAGGGGUUUCUCUAAUAAACAGGUGAAUGGUA